UUCGUGUGCUACCUGUCAUUAAAAGGCUGGCUGGAAGCGUGUCGGAAGAAGUACGGAAGCCUACCGCGCUUACAACGCCAUGACUUUUGGCGUGAACAUCACCGUUGCCUCUAGUCACGCGCAAGCUGGCGAUCUGUCGAGGCAGACUCUAGCGGACACAACGACACAGGCAACUGACAACAGCUCCGACGCAGCACCUGAAGGGGAAAACUUCAUACUGAUGAUGGAAGUUCAAGUAUUUUUCUACAUGAUCUACUCUGUGAUUUUCCUUCUUGGUUUGUUUGGAAACGUCCUAGUGAUGUAUGCGGUAUACCGUAACACGGCGCUGCAGACAGUUACAAACUACUUCAUCCUUAACCUGACCUUAGCCGACAUCCUUCUCUGCGUGCUUUGCAUUCCGUUUACUCCUCUCUACACGUUCUUGCAAAGCUGGGUAUUCGGGAAGGCACUGUGCCAUUUGGUGACUUGUGCGCAAGGAAUAAGCAUCUACAUCUCAUCACUAACACUCACCACCAUUGCCGUUGACCGCUUCAUCGCCAUCGUCUACCCGUUCCGGCAGCGGAUACAACCUUCUGCCUGCUUUAUCCUUAUCAUGUGCACGUGGUUGCUGUCAAUAGGAGCGACGAUGCCGUACGCGUAUUUUGUGGAAUACAUUCCCAUCGACGAUGGGAAGUACGUGUGUCAAGAACAUUUCCCAGAGGACGUCAGGCUGACGUUUGGCAGCAUCACGACCGUCCUGCAGUUCGUCAUCCCGUUCAUCAUCAUGACUGUGGCGUACACGCUGAUAUUGUUCAAGCUGUCUAGACGGAUCAGGUCCAAGCCUGGCUCCAAGAGCGCGCGAAAGAGGCAGGCGGACCGCGAGAGGAAGAGGCGCACCAACCGCAUGCUGAUCGCAAUGGUUGCCGUGUUCGGGCUCUCCUGGCUGCCGCUGAACCUCAUGAACAUAUUCGACGACAUCUCGACCAACGUAGGCCUUGGCUGGAAUCGAUGGCAGUACUUCCACCUCUUGUUCUUCAUCGCGCACUCCAUCGCCAUGAGCUCCACCUGCUACAACCCCUUCCUGUACGCCUGGCUCAACGAGACAUUCCGCAAGGAAUUUGGGGAGAUCCUGCCGUGCUUCCGUGCUCGCUGCGGCGGCUGCGCCGCCCCGGAGGAGUUUUCCAUGCGACGCAACUCAACCACGCGCACCGCCAUGGAGCACGAACCGAGUACCACUACCGUCAGGUUUGCGCGCGCCACGUUCGACGUCGCUUCCGACAACGUGAAACUGCAAGCGUCGACCGUAGCCCAGCCACGUGAAAGUCGGAAGCAGACCGGGGCAGCGGAGGCUGGGUGUCCCUUCACCUCGGCGAGCGCCGUGUGAUCCGUGAAUGCCCUCGGACAGUAUGGAUAAGUGGCGUUUGCGGCGCACGUUUAACACGCAUUUGUGACGCCUCUGUCACUAUGAUAUGUGGAGCUCAUGUGACCGACAGAAACUGGACUGGCGACGCAGAGCAAGACUGCGAAACUGACGUAAGAGGCUUGCGUGUGGUGAUGGA